AACAACUCUGCGCCACUUCCGCCACGUGGUCAACUCCCGCCCGGAAAGGGCGUUUGUCAACACUGAGCCAGUCUGCCUGUUGUGUUCAAACGAUCCGCGGGGACCUUUGUUCUGAACUACGAUGUCGGAUGAUAUAGAAGACACUGCAAUCGUAUCUCUUCGAGAUAUCAUGGACGAGGACGAACUGAGAGAGGCGCUGUCGGUGUUGGGGGGCAGCGACCCAGAACAUUGUUCUUACACUAAGGGCUAUGUGAAGAGGCAGGCGGUGUUCGCCUGCAGUACUUGCACUCCCACGGGCGUGGAUCCUGGUGGGCUUUGUCUGGCCUGCGCAAACAUCUGCCACGAUGGACAUGACAUCUUUGAGCUGUAUACCAAAAGACAGUUUCGUUGUGAUUGUGGCAACGACAAGUUUGGGGACUUCAAUUGCCAACUAAACCCAACCAAAGACAGUCUGAAUCUAAAAAACAAAUACAAUCACAACUUCUGCGGGAAAUACUGCUCCUGUGAUCGGCCAUAUCCAGACGCAGACGACCAGGUGGACGAUGAGAUGAUCCAGUGCAUUAUAUGUGAGGAUUGGUAUCACACCAGGCACCUGGGCUGUGCCGUGGUGGACUCUGAGGAGCUGCAGGAGAUGGUGUGUGAGGCGUGCAUGAACAAAGCCCCCUUCCUGUGGAGCUAUGCUGCUCAUAUUGCAGCGGCGCCUGUGAUCAAAGUUGGUCAUUCGGGGGAAGAGCUGGAGGUGAAUGUUGACGAACUGGAAAACCAGGAAGACCGGAAGUGUGAGGCCUUUAGAAACGGGGGAGAGGGAUCCUCCUGCCAAACCCUGGACAAGCAACCAGAAAACCGAAGUGCGGCCUUCAAGCGGACGCACCAGGAGAUGACGGACAGCCCGGUGAAGACCCACGGCUGCAGGCUGAAGGAGCUCCCGACCGGGGGUCCGCACAGGGCGAGGGAGGGAGCCGUGUUCUGGCCCUAUAAUUGGCGCUCCAAGCUGUGCACCUGUGUAAGCUGCAAGAGGGCCUAUGUGAAGGCGGAGGUGCAGUUCCUGUUGGAUGAGUCGGACACGGUGCUGGCCUACGAGAACAGCGGCCGGGCGCAGCCGUUGGGCGAGGACCGGCUGAUGUCAUUCCUGAGCUCCCUGGACCAUGUGCAGCAGCUGGAGAUGAUUUACCAUUACAAUGACCUAAAAACAGAACUGACGACAUUCCUGCAGCAGCAUGCCGUUGAACAUAAGGUGGUCACAGCAGAGGACAUAGAGCAGUUCUUUGAGGGGCUACAGUCGAGGAAGAGGGGGCGACCCAACGCAGGCUACUGAGGAGGCACUGGACCGAUGCUUCCCUUACAGUGCCUAGGACUGAUCUGGGACCAUCUUUUCCUGUUCAAUACCGUUUAGAAACGUGCUGCUACCGAUACUUGAACAGUGAAGGGGAUUUGAAGAGCCAGAUGUACUGGUAUCCAUAAGUUUGUUAACGCCUACCUUGCCUUCAUCGUUCAUACUUGAAUUAGUCACUUUUUUUUUUUUUUUUCCAUUAGACGAGGUUCGUCAACAUCUGCCUAGUGUGCUUUAAGUCAUGUUUUGUGCCUCCUUGGAGACCUAACGGUCCAUUAUGAAUGAACACAGCGUUUUGUCAGCCUGGGAAACACCAGUGUGCAUUCCCCUGUGAUUUCCAUGAGUAGGCAGAGUGCUCCUUAGUGCGGCGUGACAUUUGGACUUAUUGAUGCUGACGGGUGUGGAAGCCAAAUCUGUUUACUCUGCACCAUUGAUGUGAAAUAUUGCUGAUAGUGGUUAAAACACACGUUCUGCUAACCAGCCACGUAGAUGUUCUGAAUGUAUUAAAGACCCAAGUGAAAUGACUGAA